AUGCCUAGCAGCCACGCCUCCAAGAAUGUCCUGUGUCACAGCGAGGCACCUGCGCGUCCCAUAGCAUGUGAGAACAAGCAGAGCAAUGCAAAAUCAUUCAGAAGGCGCCAGCUGCAGGCCUUUGAGAAGGUUGUUCAGGUCGGCCACAGCCUCUCUGGGAAGGGCUCUGUCUCCGUUGAGCUGGAACUGCCUGCACUUGCCCUUCUAGGGACAAUAGGGUCUGCCUGGACCCACGUUUCUCAGCAGGACCUUCAGCAGCAGCCUGGCCCGGGAGCUCUUCUUUCGCUUUUGCUUCUUGAGACUGGGUCGUCUAAACCAAAAGCAGUGAGAGCCUGGCCGCCACCCGGCCCCCACCAUUCAGUACAGGACCUGCUGCUAUGCUGGCCCCCUGAGUAG